AUGUUCAAGCUCUACAUCCUUUCCUUCUUUUAUUUAUUCCUCAAUCACAUUCCACCGUUCGUGUGGGCGCUUGGCCAUGUUGUAAGCGAUAUUUUCCAGUUCUGGAUGCGGAGGCUGAUGAACUACUUGCGGCCAAGGUCUAGAAAUCUUUACCAUGGUGCGAUAUCUGACUUGGAGCAGUGUGACAACUUCUCCGACUGGUAUCAGAAAGCUGCGAUUGUGGACGAGAUUACUGGCGCGGACUUGUGGCGGCGCAACUUCUACUCACAGCGCUAUGAUGUCAACUCUGUUCUUGAGCAGUACGCAGUUCUGGACGAGGCCCUUGACGAGAAUGAUGCACACACCAUCGUGCACCGCUUCAGUACGACAGGGCCAUCCAUGCUUCGCAAUUUUGCGGGCAUUGUUGACAAGCGUCUCUUUACAAAGUCUCUAAUAGGCACAAAAUUGCUGAUUGAGCAGUACUUAGACAAAGUGUUGGAGUGCCUGCAGUUUUUGUGCCAGACCCCGGGCGUUGCCAGAACUUCGUUUUUCCAAAGGUGUAAGCUCUCCCUGGGAACUACCGCCUUCAUCCUGCAAGGUGGCUCUCUGUUUGGACUAUUUCACUUGGGGGUGAUAAGGGGGCUAUUGGAACAAAAGCUACUGCCGAAUAUCAUAAGCGGCAGCUCUAUGGGCGCUUGUAUUGGAAGUUUAUGCAGCGUGCUCACAAACGAAGAGCUUUCUGUUUUGCUAUCCGGUGAUAAUUUACUGAAUGCUAUCAAAAGCGACCUAGAUCUCCUCAAGCAGUGCGGUUACGGAAACAUUGAUCAAGAUCUGAACCUUGGGUCCUUGCUCCAAAACGUAGUGCAUCGUGGUUACUCCAAAGAUGUUUUCCUGUUCAUUAAUUUUGUGAACAAAGUCAUUAUCAAAGACCUCACGUUUGAAGAAGCGUUCCAAAGGACUGGCAAGAUACUAAAUAUCAUUGUUCACCCAACAGACCAAAACAGAUGUCCAUCUUUGCUUAACUACGUUACAACACCAAAUGUGCUAAUUGCAUGCGCAAUUGACUGCAGCUUAGGCUCAGAGGUUGUUUCUAGUGGAACAAAGCUAAUGUGCAAGAAUCUUAAAAACGAAAUUGUCGACUAUAUUCCGGAUACUGGCAGUUCUCGUUUGGUGUUUCUCACCCCUCAGAAUGCAAGCGAAACAGGCCUAAUUGAGAGUCCUUAUACUAGAUUGACAGAGCUUUUCAAUGUGAACAAUUUUAUCGUCUCGCUGGCACGUCCGUACCUCGCUCCGUUGGUCAUGAACGACCUGAAACAUGAAAUCAAGACAUCGAAAUAUUACUAUUACAAACACUAUCCCACUACAGAUAUGAGCAAUUUCACACCGCUUCAACUCUCCAACAUGAACGAAGUAGAGCCAUUAGGCUUUAAGUUCAGAUAUCAUCUGGAGAGAAAACUAAAACAUAUCGUGACAAUGGAGCUUCGGCACCGCGUGGAAGUUAUGGAUAACCUGGGCAUCUUGAGCCAUUGGAUCAAACGACUCGCCAUCGAUGAAAAGACGCCUCGGUCUGCUACAGAAAUCACCAUUGUGCCUAAUCUUAAGAGCUUGUCACUCAGCAGGGUCAUUGAGGGGCAACUUGACAACAUUCCAUACUGGAUAAAGUGUGGGGAGCAAAGUUGCUGGCCAGUUUUAGCUCUCAUAAAGACCCGUUGUGCGGUUGAAUUUGGCUUAGACGAGAUAAUCAAGUCAAAAAAAAACACAUGA